CUGGGGCUUGGGAGAGAGGGUCUGUGCUCCUCGAGUUCGUCGUCCAAAUUCAGGUAGACGGUGUGGGACAGUGGUCAGAGGAUCUAUGGCGCGCAUGUGCGUGUGUCAGUGUGGGCAGCGGGAAGUGGGAAGUCUAACAAUUCUAGCGGGGGGUUGUUUCCCGUUGGACUACAUGACCCUGGGCUCCUGGCAGCCCUGAAGAUGAAGAGCCUGGAGGCACUGAGCUCCGAGAGCAGACCUCUGGGAAAAGCGCAAUCCCCCCCCCCCCCCUCCCCAGGAGAUGACGCAGUGUCGGAGCACGGGAUAAUCAUCGCCCUGUCACUUAGUGUCCGAGUGAGUCGUUGGAUAAGUCACUUUGCUUCCCUGGGCCUCUAUUUUUCCAUCUCUGAUAUGGGAAUUGGACUAGUCCACGUCUAGACUCCUUUCCACUUGUAGUCUCUCAUCAGGGACGGCUGCCUCACAGUGCCUAGCUAUUUGGGAAAGGAAUGAGGGUUGUAGGAAGAAAUGAAACUGAAAAAGGAAAGGGAAACUUACUUUUCAUGGUCCAUUCGUGCUGAAGGGUGGUGAAGAGGGAGCAGGAAUAAUUAAACCCUGGACAAACCCCCAAACUCACUUUUUUCCCAGGGGAGAAUCUACCUGCUAACUUCUUGUCAGAUACUUUGAAUAAAAUAUUUCAAUUCCAUUUUAAGUACACUGAGAAGAAUGGCUAGCAGUCUUCAACCAGGUCUCCACUCUUCAAAACUAAAUGAGUAUUGCCAGAAGAAUCUCUUGACGUUUAAUUAUAAAGAAAUUGCAGUGAAAGGACCCCCUCAUAAUUUGGAGUUUACCAUCAAGGUUAUAAUAGGAGACACAGAAUUUCCAGAAGGUAAAGGCAAAUCAAAAAAAGAAGCAAAAAAUGAGGCUGCCAGGCUAGCUCUUGACAAGCUAGAAAAAAAGCCUUUAAUGUUUCCUCCAUCACCAACGUCACCACUGCAACAGUCAGAAGUAUCAGAAGCAGAACAAUCAGCCAUUCCAAAUUAUAUAAUUCUUCUUAAUCACUACACACAAAAGAAAAAACUAGCUGUAGCCUCUGACACAGACCAAGUAUUUGAACCUUCUGGUAUUACACGCUAUUCUCAUAGAUUUAAGAUUGGAGAGAAAUUCUAUGACUUUGGAUGGGGAUCUAAUAAACAAGAGGCAAAACAAUCUGCAGCCAAGAUUGCAUAUGAGCAAUUAAUAGCCAAAAAUUCACAGGAUAUGAACUCUUUUAUGUCACCUCAGCCUUCUCAACCCUCAAGAAUUUCAGAAAUCAAAACAUCACCCACUACGAAUUAUAUUAGUCUUCUGAACCAGUACGUACAAAAGAAUAGACUCACUCUGAAUUUCCUUAAAGUGACAUCAUUGGAACAUUCUGAACUUCAAAGCAUUUCUUAUAUCUGCAAAAUUGGGGACACAGCUUAUGGUCCUGGUACAGGAUCUAAUAAAAAAGAAGCUAAAGAAGCAGCAUCUAAGAUUGCAUAUGAAAAAAUACAGUUAUAUGAUGCUUCAAAGGAAAGAAAUUCAGAAAUUCUUUCUGGUUGUGCUACUUCACUGACUGAUUCUAUCAUUACACCUCUGAAGUCAUUAACAAUAAAUGGUAUGAUGCCUCAAAGUGAAUAUUCAGAAAAUGCUUCCAAACAAAAUAGCAACAACUUGGAAAAUAUUUCUUCAAAUUCUCAGAACUCUACCAGAAGUUGUCAACAGAAGACUAAAAGAAUCUUGGCACCUCAUUUUGGAAAGCAGAAUGACAAUAAUAAGAAAAAAGAAGUUGUGCAUAGUACCAAUGAAAGGUUUAUCAAAGAUUUUAGUGACAUAGAAGAGCUUAAAAAUGGUGGAUAUGGCCAAGUUUUUAAAGCAAGACAUAGAAUAGACAAGAAGUUUUAUGCCAUCAAACGUGUGAAGUUCAAUAAUGAGAAAGUAUUGCGUGAAGUGAAAGCACUGGCCAACCUUGAUCAUGAAAAUAUUGUUAAAUAUAAUACUUGUUGGGAUGGUAAUGAUGUUUGUUAUACUGAAGAUGGAGGAUAUGCUUCAAGCUCAGAGACUAAGUGCCUCUUUAUUUCAAUGGAACUCUGUGAAAGGGGGACAUUAAAUGACUGGAUUAAUGAGAGAAGAAGUAUUGGGUCUGAUAAAAUUUUGUCUUUGAAGUUAUUUCAACAAAUAACAGCAGGAGUGGAAUAUAUACAUUCAGAAAAUUUAAUUCACAGAGAUAUUAAACCAUCUAAUAUAUUUUUAGUAGAUGAAAUCAAAAUAAAGAUUGGUGACUUUGGACUUGCAACCUCAUUAAAAAAUGGAGCGGAUCAAACAAAAAAUAUAGGAACAAUGCGGUAUAUUAGCCCAGAACAAAAUUGUUUCCAACCAUAUGGGAAGGAAGUCGAUAUCUUUGCAUUGGGAUUAAUUCUUUUUGAACUUCUUUAUAUAUGUCCCACUUUUCAGGAAAUAUUGACGAUCUGGCCAAAUGUGAGGAAUUGUAUCUUUCCAGAAGAAUUUGUCAAGAAGUACCAUAGAGAGACACAACUUCUAAAGCAACUACUUUCAGAAAAGCCUGCAAAAAGACUCAAAGCAUCUAAAAUCCUGGAGAUACUGAAAGCAUGGGAGAAAGAAGAGAGCAAUGGAGAGAAUAUGUAUUCACAUACAUAUUAGGCACUUUUUUAAACAUGAUUGUACUCUCAUCUAACCCACCUCCAAAAUAUGAAUUAUUUUUCAAUUUCUGGAAUAUUGGAGAAUGUUGUGAUUCAGUUGUUUCAGUUGAGUUAUCUUCGUGACCCCUUUUGAAGUUUUCUUGGCAAAGAUACUGGUGCUAUUGAUAUUUCUAGACGAAGAUAGUGGUUUGCUGUUUCCUUCUCCAAUUCAUUUUACAGAUGAGGAAACCAAGGCAAUCAAGGUUAGAUGACUUGCCCAGGAUAACACAGCUAGUUGGUAAGUGUUUGAGGUCAAUUUGAAUUUAAGAAGAUGAAUCUUCCUGACUUCUGGCCCAGGACUUUAUUCAUGGUGCUGCCUAGUGAUCCUGGCGAGCAUCCUCUUUAUUUUUAUUGAUGUUUAUUAUUAAUAUGGCACUUUCUUAAUUUUAAAAUCCAUUUUUAAGGUCUAAUUACUCAAAUUUAUAAAGAGCUAAACCAGUUGUACAAAAAAUCAAGCCAUUCUCCAAUUGAUAAAUGGGCAAGGGACAUGAAAAGGCAAUUUUUAGUUAAAGAAAUAAAAACUAUUAAUAAGCAUAUGAAAAAGUGUUCUAAAUCUCUUAUAAAUCAUACAUUAACUUUUAACAAAUUGUUUAAUUAACAUUCUGUGAUUAUUCUAUGAAAUAUAUUGCUAUAGAUUAUAACAAUAAACACAAAGCUUCUGCAAGAGAGAAAUGUUUUCUUGUCACAGGUGGGAUAGCUAGAGGUCAGUUCUCGUUAACUUGUGAGUUGUUUGGACUUGAGUAUGAGCUAAGAAAAAUCAUUCAUUACUUUUAAUCAAAUAGAUAAUCAGAAUUUCUUAGGAGACAAUCAACAAAACACUGUUGCCAAGUUAAGAGGUCAAAGGGUAAGAAAAACAUAAUUCCAGUUUUAUGUAUUUUUUAAUAUCAGGCUAAUCAUUCUACUGGGAUUUCUAGGACAGAUUGCCUGGGCUUUAAAAAGUAAGCACAACAAUCAGUGGAGUGUAGCGUACCAGUCUGUGCCUGAGAGGUAAUUAAUCUACCUGUUGUCCCUGGCUUGUAGUGGCAGUAGAGAAGCUAAGUGCAGUUUUGUUAGAAGUUUAAACCAUAAGAUUCUUUAGGUUCGAUUUUUUAAGCAUGAUCUUUUGGUAAUAUUCUAGGAGAAUAAAGUGAAACAUUUGUAUUAAACCUGC